UCCCCAGCGGACGUUGUGUAAUUGGCUGAAGCUGCGCACGGACGCACCAAUGAGCGCGGGUAUCAGGGCUGGGUGUCACGGUGGCAGUAACGGCGUCGCGGAUUGGAGCGCGGGCGGUCAGGUGACCGGGCGGUUAUGGCGCUGAGGUGUUUUUUCUGUUAGAGGCGCGAGCGGGACCGAGAGGCAACGAAAGAGAAACCGGAGAGAGAUAGACCAGAGAGGGAGACCGGAGAGAGGGAAUAUGAAAGAGGUGUCAACAUGACAUCAAGAUAUGGGAAAACCUACAGUAAGAAAGGGAGUACGAGCAACUCUAAGUUUGAUGAAGUGUUUUCUGGUAAGCGAGCAAAAAUAAGCACCAAAUGGGGGGAAAGCACUUUCAAGGCUCAGCUGAGCCAGAAGAGACCCAACCUCAAACCAGAGCCAAUGGAACAGCCCAAACGGCAGAAGCUAGAAGAUGAACCGUUGGAAGAUCCUUUUGGGUUCGACAGUGACGAUGACUCUCUCCCUGUGUCAUCCCGGAAUCCAAUUUCGAACAAAGGGCCUCCAUCGACAGAGCCUUUGAAACUGGGGGAUGGGGACAAUGCAGCUUCACUGCUUGAGGUUAACAGUGUGGUUAAUCGACCUGUCAGCAGGGACGCAAUUAUGUGCAGCAAGUUGGCACCAUUGGGUGAUGUUCUGCAUGAAAAAGGUGCAUGCAGUGCUGUGGCCUUGUCUUCAGUGUUCCCAGAGGAAAUACCAGAAUCUGACAGCAACUUGAACUAUCUGGAAGUGAAACACCGAGAUCCAUUCAGAGAAGGAAUUGAGAAAAUUAGUUUUUCUAAGAAGAAUGCAAAUGAAAACGAAAAGAAAUCUAAGGCACCUAGUCCAAUGUUGACUGACUUUAAAACUGAUGGAUUGUCAUCAGACAGUUGGGAUGAGAUAAUGAAGAGCUCAGGUUCCCCCUCUGAAAUACUUCAGAGGACUGAGUUCCAGCCGUGGGUUGGUGGACUUGGCCGUAUGUCCUGUGUGAAAAAUGAAGCCUCUGCCUGCAAGCAGGACCGUCAGGGAGGCACUUCCUUAAAUCCCAACAAACCUUUGGAAAUCAAAAGUAACCAAAGGACUUUGGGGAGGAUGGAACAUCCCAGCUUUAAAGAUGAGGUGGUGGAGAAUGAUUCCCAGCCCCUCAGAUCAAACUGCAGGACAUAUUGUCGUUCGAAUAAAGGUAAACCAGGAGUUGCUGGCAUGACAAACUUUGAUAAAGUAAUUGAUGGCACUGGGAAAUCUGCACAGGCUGAUCUGACUUUGGGCAAGGAAAGCCUAAAACCGGACACCAAAAUUUCAUUAGGGACAACAGGAAAGACAUCUACAGCUCGGACUGCAAAAGACACUAUCACCUUACCGUCAUCUUAUCUGUCACCUUGCAAUGUUACGCUUCAGGACACCACAGAUCGUAGUAUGGAUGAGUUCACCACUGGUCCAGCUGACCUGGGAGAAGCUGGCCGGUUGCGGAAAAAAACGGAAGCUGCAGCUAGUAAGACCACGGUCCGAUUCCGGCCAACCCAUUCUAAAUCCAAAAAGGAUGCGAAGCUGGAGUUCUUUGGGUUUGACGAACAGGAGGGAGAGGAAGAUUCUCUCCAAUCCACUGGAGGUGCUGCCAACUAUAAAAUCAAGUACUUUGGUUUUGAUGAUCUAAGUGAGAGUUCUGACGAGGAUGAAGGCACUGACUCAGAAGGCAGAUGCAAGAAAAAAGUAUCGACAAGAAUGGGUGAAAUGGUGGAACUCUUAUCAGGUUCUGAGUCAACAGGUGACUCUCAGAGUAGCCAGCCGCAGUCUCAGGACAGCACUCAUACAGAUUUGCUGGAAUUCAGUGAUGAGUCAAAUUCCGAUGCUGGUAGGAAACCAAUGAAUAGACAGGAAAAAGCCAAGGAAAAUACCAGGAAAAUCUUCCAUGGGCCUAAACGGUCUCCUACUAAAGCUGUGUACAAUGCCAGACACUGGAAUCAGCCUGAGCCAGAGGAGCUUCCUCCAACAUUGUCGCUAUCUCAUAAUGCGGUGGGGAGUGCCACAAGUAAACAGCCAUUGACACAGUCCCAGGCAACACCGGCCAUUGUCACCUUAAAGGAAACCACUCAGAAGGAUGAGGGUGUUUUCAAAGCUCCUCCCCCUCCACCCCGUGUGAUCAAAACAGUGACAAUACCCACCCAGCCAUACCAAGACAUUGUAACUGCACUGAAAUGUAGAAAGGAGGAUAAAGAGAUUGAUUGGACCAAGUACUGUCUUCAUUGGGUUGUGAUAUUUCAGUUGUACACUGUGGUCCAGCACGUGAAGCACUUCAAUGAUGUGGUAGAAUUUGGAGAAAACCAGGAGUUUACGGACGACAUUGAGUACCUACUCAGUGGACUAAAGUGUUCCCAGCCUCUCAACACACGCUGCCUUAGUAUUAUUAGCCUGGCCACCAAGUGUGCCAUGCCAAGUUUCCGAAUGCAUCUGAGAGCUCAUGGAAUGGUAGCCAUGGUCUUCAAGACACUGGAUGAUGCACAGAAGAAUCAGAAUUUAGCUCUUUGCACAGCAGCACUAAUGUACAUCCUGAGCCGAGACCGAUUGAACAUGGAUCUGGAUCGAGCUAGUCUGGACUUGAUGAUCCGUCUUCUGGAGAUGGACCAGGACCCUUGUUCACGACAACUGAAUGAGAAGGAAAUGAAAAAGAUCAAAGAGAAAAUUCGCAAGCUGUGUGAAACUGUCCACAACAGGCAUCUAGAUCUGGAGAACAUUACGACUGGACAUUUGGCCAUGGAGACUCUGCUUUCACUCACAUCCAAACGUGCAGGAGAUUGGUUUAAGGAGGAACUCCGGCUCCUGGGAGGAUUGGAUCACAUUGUUGAUAAAGUAAAAGAAUGCGUGGAGCAGUUGGGUGAGGAGGAUGAAGAGCAGGACAAAUUGGUUGCAUCACUAUGGGGUGCUGAACGUUGUUUACGUGUGUUGGAGAGUGUUACCGUUCACAAUCCAGAAAACCAGGGUUAUCUUAUUGCGUAUAAAGACUCCCAGCUCAUCAUCUCUUCUGCUAGAGCUUUACGACAUUGUGAGCAGCUGAUCACACAAUACAAUCGAGAAGAAAACAAGGUUUGCAUGACAAACAGCAAUUCUCUACCACAGUACAGUGCCUCCAGCCAUAUUGGCAAAGCAGUGGAGGACUGCAUGAGAGCAAUCUUUGGAGUCUUAUUAAAUUUGACUAAUGACAAUGAGUGGGGAAGCACGAAGACUGGUGAACAGGACAACCUCAUCAGCACAACCAUGAACUGUGUACUUCAGGUGCCACAAUAUAUACCUCAGGAACAGAGAUUUGAUAUUCGUGUAUUGGGACUUGGCUUGCUAAUUAAUCUUGUGGAGCAUAGUGCUCGCAAUAGGCAUUGUCUUGUCGACAUGGAAACACCUUGCUCCUUUGACUCUUUCUGUGCUGUGGAUGGAAAUGAUAGCUUAAGGAUGGACGGACAAGUGGGAGCUAUUGAGGCCUUGGUGCAGCUCUUUCUGCAGCGAGAGCGAGCAGCCCGUCUUGCAGAGACAGAGACCGAUGAUUUCAUUAAAGACACACCAGUGCCACCUCAGGACCAGAGUGGCCAAUGGCAGGAAACUGCUGGGUCUCUGGAAUGGAUACAGUCAGAAAACUCUACCAAGAACGAGAAUGAAAAGAAGGAGGAGGAAGAUGAAGAAAUUGACCUGAAUAAAGCCUUGCAGCAUGCUGGCAAGCACAUGGAGGACUGCAUCGUGGCCUCUUACACAGCACUGCUUCUCGGCUGCCUCUGUCAAGAAAGUCCAGUGAAUGUCACAACUGUGAGGGAGCUUUUACCUGAAGGAGAUUUCUCAAUUAUGACUGAGAUGUUGCAUAAAUUUUUGAAUUUCAUGAAUCUUACGUGUGCUGUGGGAACGACAGGACAGAAGUCCAUCUCUCGAGUGAUUGAAUAUUUGGAUCACUGCUAAAGGACAAUGAGCUUGUGCUGCUGUGCCCUGUCCCUUGGAGUUAACCCCUCUGUCACCAACCAGUUCUUGUGGACAGAACCUGGUCUUUCUCCUCUCCUCCUCUUUCCUCUUCUCCUCCCCAGCAGUCCCAAAAAAGCACCCCUUUCCCAAAUGAGGAAAGCUCCAAAGGAAUCCCACACCUGCUUUGUCAGUGACUUUGCUUCUGAAGGAAACUAUGGCCAUUGCAUAGUCUGACCAAACCAAGCAGAGCUUGACUGAAUUAGCCAGAUCUGUCUGGUUGAGUGAAAUGAGGCAAAGGCAGAUCUGAGGAUGAAUGGCAUGUGCUUUGUUUAGUUUCUGGGAUAGAUGUGAGGUUUGCAAUAUCGGCCUAAUUAUCCCAUAUCCAUGCAGGGUUACAAUCAUCCUGUUAUUUUGAUCUGGAGAUCCUGCAAGGUCAAUCUUCAAAAUAUAACUAAUGACCUUGUCAUCUGACAAUGUCGUCCUUUUUCAUUCAUCAAAUGUUAUGUUACUAGUGUGGCUAUGGAAUAAGUCUUGCACCACAUGUUUUUGUAUGGUUACCUCAUUAAUGCAGACGCUGUGUAUGGUAACCCCUGUUAUGAAUAUGAAGUGGUGCUGGCUUGACAGCAAAUUCUGCCGCCACCAGAAAUGUGUCUCAACCCUCUGGAAUGGUUAUUUGCUUUACUACAAGCUGAACAGAUCAAGCUGGUUACAUUUUGACUCAUGGUCUAUAUAUAGAGUUGUUUAAUACAGAAUAUAUAAUUAUUAUAAAAGUUGAUGAGACUAGUUUAAUCCCCUGGUCUGUUUAGCUUGUACUAAAAUGAAUGGCUUGUAUUAAACUGUCAAUGGUAAUCUGGAUUGGUCAGGAAUACUGUUACAUUACUUAUUGGAUGUGAUUUUUCAGUUAAAAUGGUAUUUAUCCUAAAGUAAGAUCAUGUCCAAGUUCAGUUGGAAAAACAUAGCAGCUGUGACUCAUUCCCAUUUGGUAUUCAGUUACCAAGGACUGGAGAAUCAAUGGGGCCAUGGAAAAAUGUACAAACAAGAUUCCUGAUUCAGGAUCACUGUGAGAAUGCUGCUGAAAUAUCAACUUCUAUCCUUCAAUAUUUAGUUGCCAAGUUUGGAUUGUGACUCGUCUUUGCUUCCACUUUGGAAAUGUUGCUUCCCUGAGCUGUUUGAGUCUGACUACGUUAACAUCACUGAAAGCCAUCCAGAAACAACUGCGAGUUCAAACACUGGAGUAAAACCAUGUUGAUUUUCUUCUUCAGAAAUAUUUUCUCUAAUGGAGAAAAUUCCUGUUUGCAAUUGUAUCAAGUCCAGGAAAUGGUCAAAACUGGAGAGGAAAAAGCACUGGUAUGAGGAAUGCAAAUUAAGGUUCUUGAUUUCUUUAAUAAAUUGAGUUUCACUGAAAAUUAUAUUUCCUUUAGAGAAUUGACUUGAGACCAUGGCUGGUGAAAACUGAUCUUGUUGAAUGAAUUUUUUCGGAGGAGGAAUUUCACCUCGUAGAUUGAUAUUUUAGGACACAGGACAAUCUUGAAGAUGGAAGUGAUAGUCAUCAGCAUGUGCCUUCUCUACUAUCACUCAAUUCUCUCUUCUGUUUCUCUCCUGAAUUUAGAUAAUAACAAGUUCACAAUACAGGCUCUUCACAACCCAGGAGACAGUUGAGAGCAUAGAUGCACCUUAAUUUUCCGAUCAAACUGAUAUAGUAAGGAGAGGUGUUGCAGGGUAUGCAGUGGAGUUGAAUUGUCGUCUGUGGUAGAUAUACCAAUAGCCAUGUUGAAAUUUUUGCAUGGUUUAUUCUGAAGUUAAUGGCUUUCUUUCUACAAGAUUUAAAUAACAAAUUCCCAUCCGUCCUUAAGGCUGUAAUGUUCACCAUUAAAUAAAUUCCUCCAUUUGCAGCGAUCAAGUGUUAAGCAGCAUUUAAGUUCUUGAUUUGGGACAAACCUAAAUUGACAGACAUCCGUCUAUCGUCAUAUGAGAUGGUUAGUGCUAUAAAAGCUGAUAGUUCUGUUUGUCAGCCCCUAGCCACCUUUACCAAAUUGUUUUAAUUGAUCAACCUUCUAGAUUGUAACCGGUUUGAUUUUGACACUGACAGAAACAAAUUGGACUAUUAAACAAGGCAAAUUUGAAGGCAAGCUUGGUGCAAAAAUCAACAGAUGAUUCUUCCCUGGUAUUUGCUUCAGAAUGUAAGUAGUGACGUGGGAGAUUACCAUUUCAGACUCCAAACACACACUCUGUCAUCACAUGUCGUAUGUAUGGAAAAAUUUUGUUCUGACUCAAUUCUGAGAUUAUAUCUACAUUUCUACUUUCAACAGAUUGACCCAUUUUGCCCCUGCUUAAUCUGCAUAUCCGUUGCAGAAAUAUCAGCCAGGACCUCCUUUGGGUCUCAGACUGCAGUAGGCACUGAAUGCUGAUGUAGGUGAGGCAUAGAAAAUGUGUAGUGGAUUUUGGAUUCUGUUCUUGUGGUGAGUCUUUCCGAUGAGAUUGAUAGCCUGCAGCCUCACCACCUUUAACAAAACUCCAUACAAACUUUUAGCCUUGCUGUCCUCAUACUGCUAGUAAUUCUGGAUACAGUGGCCUUUCUGAAUAGAAAUGCUUUCUCUUUGACAUGAUUGGAAGGAGCUAGCUGCUAUAAGUUGGUGAGAUAAGAGCGUGCCAUGUUUCCAUGCUGACAUUUCAGUGUUCUUUGUAAAUGAUUUAAAGGUAUUAAUUAUUUCAUUGUGGAAAAACCAAUCACUGAAGAAUUGGGAUAUGCAUUUAUGAAGUACCUUGACCUCCAUGCUGAUCAACCCAGUUCAAUCCUACCCAUGUUGUAAAUUUGUUUUAAUUUUCUGAAAAAAGUAGGAAUUUUAGUUGUCGCUUUUACUGAGUGGGAAGUGUAUCAGUAAUUCAUCUAGCCUUGCAGUAUCUGGAUUUUUAAUGGUGAUUAAUAAUUGAUAAUCAACAGUAACAGAAAAGAAGACAAAUUGUUUUGCAAAUUGCUGAGAGCCUGGUAUAUAUUUGACCAGAGAUUUUCGUCCUCUCCCAGUGACUACAGUUGAUAUGAAUUAAAAGCUGGUACAACAUUUUAACCUUGGGAACAAGUUAAAACCAAGCCAAGACCAAUGGGGCACACAUUCAAGACUGAUUCUGCCUUCCAGGUUACUAUGAGCAUUUAUUUCUGUAUGUGGCCCUCUCAAGUAAAUGUUGCAAAAAGCUGCUCAUAACUUAGCAACAAAUUGGCUUUGGAUGCAACUUCUUUGAUAAAGGAAGUUGGUUGGACAAGUGGAAAUGUCCAAUUCCUGUGCAAUAGGGAAUGCGCUUGAAAUUGGAAUAAAGGUAAAAAUGUGGAAGUAGAAUUGAGUUUAUUUUGACUUUCCUUAACGGUUGCUGACCUGUGUCGUCUCCAUUUUGAUGAUGUACGCCAAAAAGUGCUGAAGUGUUCCAUUCCUCCAGUGACAUCUCACCCGAAAGCACGGGAACGUUUCUUCUUAAAUUUUCAUCUAAAACUAUCAAAUCACCUACUGGAGAUCUUUGGUGAGGCAAUGCGGCAAUUCUCAAACCUUCUAGAACUUGACUCUACAUCUCUGAGCCAGAUCUUUUCACUGCUGUUUAAUCAAUCUUCAACUUCUGAUAACAUCUAAGGCUGGCUGUGAAGCUUUACCUCUCUAUGGCUGUUGGUCAGGAAGGUUAUUUUAUUCAGGACCGUAAGAACUAUGCAGAUAAUAUAUCACAAUUUAUGUUCCUUUCUCCAUGCUUCCCAAUCUGUUUUGCUUCGUGUCUUUAUUUUCAGCUAAUCAUAAGUCUCCAGUGCUAUUCUUGUGGCUUGCAUUGUUACUGCUCAUUAUCAAGCUUGGGAGAUCUGUGAAGAAUACUCUACAAAUCCUAUUUAUUGCCCUGUCUUUUUGACAGGUGAGUGUAUAUUCUGUGCUCAAUAUCUAUCAUCAGCUGUCUGGACUGAACUUGCACUAGUUAAAAGUCACAAUUUAUCCAAGUCAACUGGAUGGUCUGCUUUAUUAACUUAUUAUCUCUUUUAAAAGGAUCUAUUCCUACUUGUCUAAUUUCACAACAGAUUGAAGGUCAGGAGGGAUAUGUUUUCAAACCUGUAAUCAGCUUCUGGCCAAGGAGGUGGAGCAACAUUGCCAGUCCUUGAGUAACUUAACAGUUAGAUGGAUUGGUCUUAUGUCCAGGUCUUGUUUGAUUCAAAACAGGCGCACAUGGGAUCAAGGCAGAGGCGUUUAACACUGUCUUGCAUUUUUUUUUAGUGAGUGUUUUAAAGUUGCCUUGUCUAAUUCCAGCCAUGUCAGUAACAUCUUCCAUGAACAGCCCACUUAUUGCUGCUUUUCUUCACUGCUGUCCAUGUUUCUUGAUAAAAUAUUUCCUGAUUUUGUACAGGUGAUCACAACUUGACCUUGACUAAUCUAGAUUUAAGUUGCAUAGUGCUGGCUUGACUGUUACAUGUACAUUUCUGUUUGUGCAGUGCAUCUGUGUUAGUGAAGCCAUUGGGUAUUUAGUGAGGGAAUGAAGCAUCCUUUACAGCAUUUGCUGAAGCAGUUUCUGACUUUUUCUUCAAUGAUUGCUUGGAGACCAACUCUGAGGUUUCAACUGUCCUGUAACUCACAGUUUACUUCAGCUGUGUUAGCAGAUGUUCAACAUUCAUGGUGUUUCUUCCAGGAUUCAGCAUGACAUGACUCUUAUUUUAAGCAAUACACUGAUCACAUUGUGUACGUGUAUGCAAUGUUCCUUACCCUAGUUAUAAAAGUAAAUUGUGCUGUUUGUUUUAAAUGCCAUGGCUGCUCCAGACUGCUUGUGAUGAGGUCACAGCCUUACUUGCAUUUCACCUUGAGUUAGUUCUUCAAAUCUGUGAACAGUUUGAACGCAGUUUCUAUCAUUGUUCUUGACUUCUUGUGAAUGUUGGUCUCUGGUCAUCCAGAUGUUUUUAAGGUUUUAUAAAUAUUUUUUAUCAACUGUAUUUCUUAAAUCAGAGAUUUGGCUCUGAUACUUUAAAGCCAUGUAUUAUGUCAAGAUACUUUUAAUAGUUUAAAUCAAUUGCAAUUUUAGUUUAAUUUUGCAUUGAAGACUACAGAUAUUUAACACUGGUUCUUUUGAGUGUGUUUCUAAUUGCUGCAGCCAGCUUUGGUUUUAGGUAAGUAUUGAAAUUUUAUGUUGUAUAGUGCCAGUUAUCUUAUUCAGUGGUUGUCUUCAGAGAAGCCUAUUUUCUAAGUUCGUCAUCUGAUGGGAAUGUUUAAAAUCUUGUGAUGUCCAAACUUCUUCAGGAAAUGUUAAUCUAUGGAAUUGGUUGUACAAAAUCCAAAUCAAUCCAAUUGCCACAAUUGUGCAGCAUUACAGUGCUCCAGUCCUGAACAUUGUAACAUUGAGUUAUUGCUAGGCUUCAAAUUAAAUGAAUUUGGGGGAUAUGUUGAUAAAUAUUAUUGAAUUAAAAUUUCUAUCUGCACUCCAUCUCUGAUUUUUAAAGUAAUGGUCAGUUCAUAUCUGGGCUCGAAAGAAAGCUUCCUGGUCAAGUGUAGCAUUGUCUGACCAGUUCAUGCAAUUAUGGCAUAACUGUCUCAAUGUCUGCAUUUUCUGCCUGUCCCUUGAGUUUUGUCUUCCUACCACUUAUCAAAUUGGACUAUUAAAAGUUGUGCAUUUGAGCCUGAUUUGCUUGUAUGUACACUGGGCAAAAAUCUAUUUUUAUUGUAGAUGAAUGAAAAGUGCUUCACUCCUUGAGAAAAUAGAAUCAGGAACGUCAACCUUGAAAUGCAGCAUUACCUAAAUACUGCAAUCGAAUUGAAAAUGACGCGGUCAAAUCAAAAACUCUUGUUCAGAUUUGCAUUGAAACUUUUAAUUCUACUUCCUGUGCUGGUAGGUGAUCAGACAUGGUUUGAAUUUACUUCAAAUAAAGGAAAUCUUGAUGUUCAAUGAGUUUGGGAACUGAAAAAGAUGCUAUACAUUGGAAGUUGGCUCUAGAUUCCUCGUGUCAUCCAUGAGUAGUUUGAUUUAGUGACUUGAUUGUUGUUUGCCAGAAGAGCUGGAGAUGUCACUUAUUUUAACAAUUGUUUCACACAAUUGCCUUUUUUUCCUUUAUCUUUUUCUUGCUUCCCUGCCACUUUGUGGGUAAUUUGAUGGACAGUGUGGUUGUGUUUCCUUGUUUUGUUGGAAUUAUCAGUGGUCUGGUGGCA